AUGGCAUCUUCUGUACCUCCAUACGCUGAUCCUAUUAAUUUCAAAUUGCCGAUAAGUGAACACCAAGUACGUUACGAAGAACCGUACCAAAUCACAGAUGACGAUUAUACGCAGUUUUAUAAUAGCUCGGAUAAUUGGUUUACAGCAAAGAUGAGAGCUAGACUCAUUUCAUAUACCGAUAUAUUCCAAAUUAAAACCAAUUUCAUUACAUUUAACGUCGGAGAAACCGACCCAUCAAUUGCAGACGUUUCAUUAUUAUUCACAAGUCAGGCAGAGUUGUACGUGAUCACACUUGAGGAAAUUGACAUGACCCUUGGAGGUGUUCUGACAUCUGGGCAGACAGAACUUCUUAACACUUGGCAGGAAAAAUUCAUGUUUGCUGUUGGGAAGGAUUUCAAGUGUAUGUUCUCAACACAACACGGCGGUCUUGGGUUUUUCCUCUUUGCGUCAGAUGCCAUUUCGAACGAAGUUCAAGACAUUGUAUCGUCGUCUGUAUCACUUGGUAAAAUGGGAAUAGCGAAUAAGGGUGCGAUAGCUGUGUCAUGCCGAAUUGGUGUAUGUAGAGUGUUAUUUGUUGGAACGCACUUUUAUGCGAAUAUGGGACAACAAAAGUGCGACGAGUGUUAUAUCAACGCCAGAAACAUGUUUAAUUUGCCUAUUAAACCCGAGAACCACGACUAUGAGAUUUGGCUUGGCGAUAUGAAUUACAGACUCAAUGCAAACGAAGACGAAAUCCGCGCUGAGAUCAAUGGCGAUUAUCUGACAUUGUUGGAGUCUGACCAACUUAUUGAUUCUAUGGAGAAAGGAAGGGUGUUUGACGGUUUUAUUGAGCCGGCGAUCACAUUUCCACCGACUUACAGAAUAGCGAAAGGAACAAAGGAGUAUGACUGGAAAAGAAUGCCGGCGUGGUGCGACAGAGUUCUGUUUCGGAUACACAAUUUGUAUCAAUUGUCAUUGCACGUGUAUGAGAGAGUCGAUGUAUUGGUUUCGGACCACUUACCAGUGUUGUGUACGACAACAUUAAAACCAAGACGAGUGAACAAAGAAAAGAUUAAGAAGGCGUGCGACGAGGUGUUGAAAAUAUCCAACGUGAUAACAACAAAUUUGGUGCCGUGUUGCGAAAUAUCGAGUUUGAAAAUCCAAUGCGGCGUGGUACGACCGUUCCAACCAGUCAAGAGUGGAUUCAAAAUGACCAACACGGGGAGAAUCCCAGUCACAUUUAAGAUCAACUGCAUUUCAAUGAAAAAUGGGACGGAGGUUAAACCCGAGUGGCUCCGACUUUUGAUACCUAAAAAUCAAAUUCCAGUGAAAGGCGCUGUUGACAUUGGAACAUCGGUCAUUCUCAAUGCAGAGAGCGCAAAAUCUAUUAGAAAUAAAGACGAUAUCAUUCUUCAAGUUAGCAUCGAAGACGGCGCAAUCUUUUUCGUCGAACUGAUUUACCAAGUCGACAACACGUCGUUUGGACUGAGCCACAAAGAGCUUCUUGAACAUAAAAAGCCGUAUUUGGAAGUCCAAUCAUCGCAACAAAUUGUAGGGAAAACUGUUGCAAAGGAAAUAAUAUUGUUUUUAAACACACUUCUAUCGAGAAAGGCCGAAACACAAAUAUUCACAUCAAUUCCAACAAAUGAACAUGGCGAAAUUUAUCAAUCAAUCAUUUUGUCUGUUGACGCAAUGAAAGACUUGGGUGGGUAUGACACGUGCAGUCUUUCAGAAGCGUUUUUACUCUAUAUACGAGCUAUGGGAGGUAUCAUCCCAAUUGAGUUGGCGAAUGAGACUGAAAUUUUUGGUAUCAAAAAGUGUUGUUCGCCAGAAAACACCGCAUUGAUUAACGUGAUUUGUGCGUUGUGUAAAGAAAUAUCAGACAAUUCACUUCUUAAUUUGACGACAGAGGACUUGAUAUCUUGUUUUACACAAAAUAUGGUGUUUGUAAAAUUGGAGGUGUGGCAAUUUGUGAAUGUAACAAAGUUACUUUGUAGGUACACAGAAUCAGUUAAGCCGAUUGGAGAAUUAAUUGAAAGCAAUUUGUAA